CGUGAGUUGUGUGUUGAAGAUAAUAAUAGAAACAGGGCAGGGUCCAACAGACAAACGCGCUUCAGCCGAGUGCGAUUUCGCAAUUUAAUGACAUAAACACAAUGACAUAAACAGGAACGACAGGACUGAGGAAACGCGUUUGAUGUCUCGCGGUGAAACGGCUUGACACGACGCGCGCGGAGUUUAGCGAUCGGCAGAACUGCGCUACUUCAGAAACUAUACACGCGCUCAAAGAACUUGCGCUUCAGGACAUCGAUGCAUUUUCGAGAGUGUAAUAUCGUUUCUUCGAGUCGUGACGAGCGUGUGCGUGAUCAGUCCUUGAUCUAUGCAGUUAUUCAAUUCUUGCCAUUUUCCCCCCCGUCCAGACCUAUAUGCUGCUAAGCGGAUUUUAAAAUGUUCAUCUACAAAUGAAACGAUAAUCGCCUUUAUCGUAGGUUGUCGGUGCUGAUGACAUCACAUCAUUUAUUUGUUGGUUUGGUGCCACUAGCAGAGUUACCAGGAAUGGCAGCUAUGAAGUGUGCCGGUUGAGAAGCUGUACUGUUGGGGUUGGGGGUCUUAUACCAAACUGGUGAAAAAAUGAAUUCAGAUCCGGAGGCCAUUUCUCUUAACGUACCCUCUCUUGACCAACUCCUAGACAUGAUGGGAGGGAGUAAUGGAGAAUCCAGUGGCAGCGUGAACCCUGGUGCUGGGACCUUCUGGCAGGACCCCUCCAGCUGUAAGCACGCCAACCCUGGGGUGAUCAGUUUGCCCUCAGACAGUGGGACCUUGUUGACCACGGGUAAAUGUAAGAACCGAGCCGUGCAAGUGGCCUACGUGAGGAACUCUGAGACGAGCCAACCUCUCAGCCCGGAGAACAUGGCUUUACAGUGUCUGAAGGAUGCUUGUGACAUUGUGGGGUUUAAACUAGAUAUAGUCCCCUUUGGGAAGAUGGACUUUGGUGAAACAUCAGUUCUUGAUCACUUUUACAAUGCAGAUAUUGCAGUGGUUGAAAUGACGGAUGCAUUUCGGCAGCCCUCUCUCUUCUAUCACUUGGGUGUGAGAGAGAGUUUCAGCAUGGUCAACAACAUCAUUCUUUACUGUGAUCUCAACUCAGACUCGCUGCACUCUCUUCAGGAGGUGAUAUGUCAGAAGAAUAUGACAUGUGCCGCUAACUACACGUUCAUCCCAUACAUGGUGACGCCUCAGAAUAAGGUGUAUUGCUGUGAGAGCAGUCUGAUGAAGGGUUUGAGUGAACUGAUGCAGCCCAGCUUUGAGGCCCUGCUGGGGCCCAUCUGUAUGCCACUGCUGGACAGACUCACUCAACUGCUCACCAGCUGCAAGACCAACACCUGCCAGUACUUCCGUGAGACUGUUCUGAAUGAGAUUCGUAAAGCGCGAGAGCUUUACACCGGAGCAGAGCUAGCGGCUGAGCUCAGACGGAUCCAGCAGCGGCUCGAUAAUGUCGAGUGUCUUUCAGCUGAUGUCGUCAUCAACCUCCUUCUGUCAUACAGAGAUAUUCAGGAUUAUGAAUCCAUUGUGAAGUUAGUUGAAACACUGGAAAAUCUGCCGACCUUUGACCCAGUGGCUCAUCCUCACAUAAACUUCCACUACGCCUUUGCCCUCAACAGGAGAAACCUACCAGGAGACCGACAGAAGGCUCUGGACAUUAUGUUGCCAUUGGUGAACUCAGAUGAGCAGGUGGCAUCUGAUAUUUAUUGUUUGGUAGGCCGGAUCUAUAAGGAUAUGUUCCUGGAGUCUCAUUUCACCGACACGGAUAGCAGAGAUCAAGGCAUGCACUGGUUUAGAAAAGGUUUUGAAUCGGAGCCCACGCUACACUCUGGUAUAAACUAUGCAGUGCUGCUACUGGCUGCAGGACAUCAGUUUGACUCCUCCUUUGAACUGCGUAAAGUAGGUGUGAAGUUGAGCAGUCUCCUGGGGAAGAAGGGCAGUUUGGAUAGAUUACAGAGUUACUGGGAUGUGGGUUUCUUUCUCGGGGCUAGUAUUCUCGCCUGUGACAACACACGAGUCAUCCAGGCCUCUGAGAAACUCUUCAAACUUAAAGCUCCCAUCUGGUAUCUAGGCUCACUGGUUGAGACCAUUCUCAUCUAUAAGCACUUUACAAAACCAACCACUGAUCCACAGGCCCCUAAACAAGAGCUUGUGGACUUCUGGAUGGACUUCAUGGUGGAAGCCACCAAAAAGGAUGUGACAUCUGUCCGUUUUCCUGUAUUGAUACUGGAGCCCACUAAAAUGUACCAGCCAUCUUACCUCUCAAUCAACAACGAUGUGGAAGAGAACACACUAUCCAUCUGGCACGUGACCCCUGAUGACAAAAGUAAAGGGAUCCACGAGUGGAAUUUCAGUGCAGCGUCAGUGCGAGGUGUGAGCAUCUCCAAAUUUAAUGAGCGCAGCUGUUUUCUGUAUGUGGUGAACAACUCAGAAGACUUCCAAAUCUAUUUCUGCACAGAGAUGCACUGCAAACGGUUCUGUGAUCUGGUAAACACGCUCACUGAGGAGGCCUGGAAAGGCUCAGACGAGACUGAGUGUGAAUCAGAGGCUUUAGAGUAUGAUUAUGAAUACGAUGAGCAUGGAGAGAGGGUGGUUCUGGGUAAGGGCACAUUUGGGGUAGUCUAUGCCGGUCGUGACCUCAGUAACCAGGUGCGCUUAGCCAUCAAAGAGAUUCCUGAACGGGACAGUAGAUAUUCACAGCCUCUGCAUGAAGAAAUCGCCCUGCAUAAACACCUCAAGCACAAGAACAUCGUGCAGUACCUAGGCUCCAUCAGCGAGAACGGCUUCAUCAAGAUCUUCAUGGAGCAGGUGCCUGGAGGCAGUCUGUCAGCAUUGCUCAGGUCGAAGUGGGGUCCUCUAAAAAACAAUGAGCCAACUAUAGGUUUCUACACCAAACAGAUACUGGAGGGUCUCAAAUACCUGCAUGACAACCAGAUAGUUCACAGAGACAUAAAGGGGGAUAAUGUCUUGAUAAACACCUACAGUGGAGUUUUGAAAAUCUCUGAUUUUGGAACAUCCAAACGUCUUGCUGGAAUAAACCCCUGCACCGAAACCUUUACUGGUACGUUACAGUACAUGGCCCCUGAAAUCAUAGAUAAAGGGCCGCGUGGCUACGGCAAGCCAGCGGACAUCUGGUCUCUGGGCUGCACCAUUAUAGAAAUGGCUACUGGGAAACCGCCCUUCUAUGAGCUGGGGGAACCGCAGGCAGCAAUGUUCAAGGUCAGGCGUGAUUACUUUGGAAAGUGUCCUGAAGUAAUCCUUUAUGUUCAGAAUGGAUGAAAUGUUCUCUGCAUGGAGUAACGUCUGGCGCAAUCGCAGCUUGCACUUAUUAAAACAACUAGAAAACAAAGAAGUAGCAUUAAUAGUUUUGCAGCUCUUACACCAGGUCCUGAGUAUCUGCGUAGCAUAUCUCUUCCCGUUCCCGUUGUGGUCGAGGACACCAGCAGCAGCAGCGAAUAUGGAUCUGUCUCACCUGACAAUGAGCUCUGCACAAACCCCUUCAGCUUCAAGCCUAGCACCAAGUGCUACAGCGAGAGAGAGGUCAAAGGCCACCGCUCCCUCUUCCUGAGUAUUCCUGUGGAGAACUUUGAAGACCACAGCGCACCACCUUCCCCAGAAGAGAAGGACUCUGGUUUCUUCAUGCUGAGGAAAGACAGUGAAAGGAGAGCGACUUUACACCGAAUCCUGACUGAGGACCGAGAGAAAAUAGUGCUUCACCUGCUAGAAGCGCUCACACAGGGGUCUGAGGAGACCAAACUGAAGCAUCAGCAUGUCUCCACACUGGUUACAAGUCUGGGAGAUUUUGUGAGGAUGGCGGACAGAAAAAUAAUUGCCAGCACCCUCUCUCAGCUCAAACUAGAGCUUGACUUUGACAGCACAGCCAUCAGCCAACUCCAGGUGGCGCUCUUCAGCUUCCAGGAUGCAGUAAAUAAAGUCCUGCAUAACCACAACAUAAAGCCGCACUGGAUGUUUGCUCUGGAUAACAUCAUUCGAAAGGCUGUACAGACUGCCAUCAUCAUAUUAGUACCUGAAUUGCGGCCACACUUCACGCUGGCGUCUGAGAGCGACCCCGCUGAGCAAGAGGACAUUGAUGACGACACAGUUCCCCUUAAGGAUAUAGCGCCACCUAUCGCUCAUCAUGACGACACUGUGGCCACAUCUGGAGUGAGCACGCUCAGUUCAUCAGUUUCCCAUGAGUCUCAGAGCGCUCAGCGAUCGAUUAGCAUGGAGCUGGGUCGCAUGAAGCUAGAAACCAAGAGGCUGCUGGAGGAAUUAAUAGAGAAGGAGAGAGAGUAUCAGGCCAUCUUACAGCAAGUGCUGGAGGAGAGAGAACAAGAGAUCAAACUAUUGAAGAGUCGAUCCGGGCCUGCUGAUGUUCCUGCACACUUCAUGAGCACAAGUAGUUCAUUGGAGCGAGAGGGAGACCAGGGACUUCUGGAAUGGCUUAAACACCACGGGGCCGAUGCAGAUUCCAUAGAGAGGAUUAUAGCUGAAGAUUACAGUCUUGAUGACAUCCUUCAUUAUGUCACAAGAGACGACUUGAAGACUUUGAGAUUACGAGGUGGAGUCCUAUGUAAACUCUGGAAGGCUAUCAGCGAGCACAGAAAGAAGCCGGGCUGAAGACGAUAGCGAUAUAUAUGUGCCAUCCAGACCCUGCUCACGCGUUUGAGACAUAACCAAAUAUUUAAUGGGAUCAAUUCAAGUCUUUGUGAUAAUUCAUAUCGCAUGUAAAUACGUGUUUUACCUUUUUGAUUCGUCUGUGAGAUUGCAGUUGUACAUUAAAGGGUUAGUUCACCCAAAAAUGAAAAUUGGGCUGUAUUUUACUCACCCCCGAUG